GCCCGCCCUUGUGAGCGAAGCCAUCGAUUGCCUCAGCACCACCCAACAUAGUCGCAAAACUCAAGAGUCGCCCGCAGCAGCAUCUGACUUCCAGCCCGCUGCCCUUCUUGGCAGUCCGGCAAAGUCACCAUGGAUCUCGCUACGCCAAAUGUGCCGUGCGCUUCGCCCUUGAACCACCACGGCUCUCCUUCUACCGACCAUGAUGGCACUGCGCAGGCUUCUGGAAGCCAGCCCGCCAACCAACAGCAACCGGCUAGAAGGAAACGGCGACACUCAUCGUUUCUCCCCCACCGGCGCAAGUCGAUUGUAAACCACAUCAUAGACGGCGAGGAGCAGUUACUCUUGAAGGUUGAUCUCUUUCUCUCCGAACUCGAGCGGCGUCUCGACUUCCUGGAGAGUUAUGGCGAUGUCAGCCUGGACGCGAGCAUCUCGAGGGCGUACAAUACCCUGCAGGCCGUGCGGACCCGAUGUUCUCAGGUUUCAGGGGAGGUUAUCGACGCCGGCCGUCGGCGCGUCCAGGUCAUGGUUGAGACACUAGAGCAUCGUUACCAGGACGGUCUCGCCGCAGCCGAGUCGCUCAACGAGAAGGCCCGGGUGAGCAUCGAGUUGCUCGACACUAUGCUCUCUGACUUCGAGGACCAUGCGUACAAGUUCAGAGAACAGAGCCUGGCCAACGCCGCUGACGCCGCGGGGGUCUUCAUGAGCGAGGGUCGUCGGGUGGUGGACGAGGGCUUCGAACGCGCCCGCGAGGUUGUGGACGAGGGUUUCGCCACGGCAAAGUGGGCGGCCGAGUCGCUCGAGGAUCACAUCCAACGUGCCGUCGCGCGGGCGAGACAGCACGGCCUAAUUCGCUACGACGACCUGCCGAUGCCCUGGCGGAUCAACCCCCACAUCCGCAAGGGGUACCGCUUCAGCGAAACGAAGCUGGGCUGUAUCAAGUCCAUGUUCAACCUCUCCAACGAGCUGGUCAACAUAUGGUCGCACGCUCUCGGCUUGGUCCUUGUCCUUUCUAUAGCCUUUUACUUCUACCCCACCAGCGACAACUUCUCGCUCAGCACAAAGACGGACGUCUUCAUCGCCGCCGUUUUCUUCUUCGCGGCCUGCCAGUGCCUGGUCUGCAGCACCAUCUGGCACACCAUGAACUCGAUUGCCGAUCGUCACCUGAUGACAUCGCUCGCCUGCGUCGACUACACGGGAAUCUCGCUUCUCAUUGCGGCGUCUAUCAUCACAACCGAAUACACGGCAUUCUACUGCGACCCAAUCAGCCGCUGGGCCUAUCUGUCCACCACGGCGAUUCUCGGCAUAGGUGGCGUCAUUCUGCCGUGGCACCCCGGAUUUAAUGGACCGGACAUGGCCUGGUGCAGAGUCGCCUUCUACGUCAGCCUGGGCGCGACGGGGUUCCUGCCCAUCCUUCAGCUCUAUCUAACAAAGGGCUCCUCAUUUGUCUGGGAGUUCUACUCGCCCAUCGCCGAGUCGCUCCUCGUCUACCUGAGUGGUGCUUUCAUCUAUGCCAGCAAGGUGCCCGAGCGUUGGUUCCCGGGCAUGUUCGACUACAUUGGCGGUAGCCACAACCUGUGGCAUUUUGCCGUCCUGGGUGGCAUCCUGUUCCAUUACUUCGCUAUGCAGGAGUUCUUCUCGACGGCCUUCCGCCAAGCUCAGAAUGGUUGCCCGGCCUAUUGAAAGAGCAUUAUCACUCUCGCUCGGCGUAUACCAUCCAUAUCGACAGUAUGAGAACCAACGAAUAGAUAUCAUGUUCCUCGCGGUUCCCAACCAUCAGUGCCAAUGCGCAAUGUAGCCAGUCGCAAUUCCCAAGCAAUGGGUUGUUUCGAACUGCCGCUUACAAUUCAUGUUUGGGAUCCCUAAGGGCAGACUGUCCAUUAGGGGUACCAUUAUGAUUACAUAUUAUGUCGUUCCGUGUUCCCAGGUCACUCAAAAGGAGCACAUGAUCAAACCGACGACGCCCAUUGCAACCCCCGCCCACAGGACUGUUUUCCUCUCGUGGCUGAUUUCCGACACUUGGAGAAAAUGGUCGCCCGAGGUUGGGCUGGAGAUGUUGGCUGUCGAGUCGGGGGGCGUCGUUUCCGGUUGAUGCGACUGGGUUAUUAUGACUACGCCCCCCGUCCUGCUGGCGGCGGAGCCGUCGCUACUCCUGGCUUCUGUCGUCAUGUCUGCAACCUGGUGUCCCGCCGACGCAUCGCCGCUUAGGUGGCAGGUCGGCUUCUGUCCGCAAGCAUCGGUGGCGGUCGUCACCUGCUCAUCAGCCGCGCCGGCCGACGGUAUCCUCUCGUGGCCGGGGACCUGCAGCUCUGCCCAGUUUGGUGCUGAGUCGGUAGCGUCGCCAGUUGUUGGGCGAGGGAUCUAGGGCAGGUCAGUCGCACGUUAUGUGGCUUUUUUUUUCUCCAUGAUAUCAACCCCCGGUCGCGUUCAAAAAAACAUACACGAGGGGAGCCAUGUGGUGGUGCGCUCUUUAGGGGCAGCUGUCGGGCCGGUUGCGGCAGGUGGUCGUUCUGAUCACAGGUCGGGCCCAGAAUGUCGCCAGCUACUAGGCAUAAUAUAGUCGAAAGUCGCAUGGCGGUCCAGGGUAGGCCGCGCCGGGGGCUUUGAUUGUUGGUUAUGUCGGGUCUGUUUCGUUGCGCGCGCCAAGACGCACUGACAAGAGUCUUUGCUUUGCUUGACAGUUUGUUGCUGCGCCCGUGCUGGUCUUUGAUUGGUGAUGGAUUCUAUGUCUCGGAUCGGAUCGCGGACUUUUGUCUCGGGCGGCUGCUUGCACGUGUCGUCGGUGAUGUGAUAUCUCGAGAAUAUAGCAGGGCGCGAGGAAUAGAGGUAGUCCCAAGAAAGACGAGCGGAGAGGGAGCUGGCACGGAUUUGUGCAAAGAGUAUGGAUAUGAGGAUAGGUAUGGAGAAUUGGCGCCUCGGUCGGGUGGUAGGCAGGUAGGUGGGUGUAGGUAGAUUAUGGUGGGAGGCUGGAACGAUGGGGCAAGGACUGGGAGAUAGGUGGACCGGAGUUGUUUAAAGGAGGCGUGUUGGAUCCGUGGAACCACUCCGGAGGCGUUUCUUGUCUGGGCUGAUAUCAAGAAGCCUGCCCGUCUGGAACCGUGGGGGUAACCCCCGAAGGAGGGAAGGGGGGAUGGGAAUCCACGGGUAAAAAAAAACAAAAACAAGGAAAAGCAAACGCUGUUUAACCCCCUGCCUUUCCCCCACUGGGCCCUGGUGCCGCCUCGAAUCAGACGCCAAUUUUUAUUUUCCCUCUUUUUCUUUUCUUGUAUCUGGGGGCCCGUCUAGAACCAGCAAUAAAACUGGGCAUAUCUAU